CACAAAAUGGAAGCCUUUUCCAGACAAAGGGGGAAACCAAACGGUACUCCUUGUUUGGUGGUUUGGUUUGGUGUGCUCUACUAAGUCAUCGGUAAACCAAGUGACUGAUCACGUUUACUUUCAAAGCGGUAACAACGAUACUGGAGAUCGCCUCCUGUCACUUCUUCGUUGGUUUAGAAAAUGUAUCUUGCGGGAUCGGGAACUUCAAGAUCACUUAAUACACAACCCCACAACAGGCAAAACCCUUAUCUUGCAACUUUAUCACGUGGUGAUGUCGCAUAACAAGGCAGACCUGUUGCAAAACACGGAAGGNUUCCAGACAAAGGGGGAAACCAAACGGUACUCCUUGUUUGGUGGUUUGGUUUGGUGUGCUCUACUAAGUCAUCGGUAAACCAAGUGACUGAUCACGUUUACUUUCAAAGCGGUAACAACGAUACUGGAGAUCGCCUCCUGUCACUUCUUCGUUGGUUUAGAAAAUGUAUCUUGCGGGAUCGGGAACUUCAAGAUCACUUAAUACACAACCCCACAACAGGCAAAACCCUUAUCUUGCAACUUUAUCACGUGGUGAUGUCGCAUAACAAGGCAGACCUGUUGCAAAACACUGAAGGUGGAGGCAUUUCUUCAUAUGAAUUAGUAAAUGAAGUAAACGUGAUUUGUUUGGUUUUGUUUACUGCUGUCCAGCGCAUUCUUAAACAAAACACAGAAAGACCAACGUCGUCGCACCCAGCAAUUUUCCAGCUUGUGUCACAGGAACCCUACAGUAACAUUAUCAGCGAAGGGUUGAAGAAAGUGAUUCUCCCGUUACUUCCUGACCCCCGUGGAGAAAUGGAACAAGCUAGCUGCCUUCCUGUGCAAGGUGGGUAGAAUCUUAUAACUAUAAAGAAUAGGUCAUUUCCGAGUUGCUCCAAGUCUCUGUUUCAAAGCGAGGCUAAGUGGAAAGCAACUGAUUUCUUAUUCUCAUGCACCUAAAACUCAUUUUCCCAAGAAGAAUUCUCGUUUUGAAAAUGGGGUUUUUCGGAACUCGGAUAUGGCCUAUCCUGGCGAGCUACCGACUCAGCUACACUCUCUUUUUUAUAAGAAUGUUGUUUUUCCGGCCCAGGAUGAACAUUCUUAUUUUUCUGCCGAUUUUAGGCUGAAAAUAUUCUUCUUGUGUUAUUCUUAAAUUAUAGCUUAUGACAUUUCCGUUUUAGAAUAUAUUGGGGGUAUGAAUUAUCGUAAGUUCAGGUCUUUUCGUUUUGUUAGCCAGUUUUGCCGUUUUGACAACCGAUUAAGUCAAAAAGAUAUUGUCUGUGUUGUAUUUACAGAUUUCAAUACACAAAAUUAUAUCCUUUUUCAAAGUCUCAGCCUGUGGUUUAUUCUCACGAUAUUCUUAAAAUUUCGCAAAUUUCAGCCUCGAUAUGCUUAUAAAAUAUAUUAUUUAAAAAAAGAGUGUAAUUAGGCAACAAGGACCUCGACUUUCUGCAGAUUUGUCACACCCUUAGCCUAAUUCUUUUUGCAACGUUUAUUUCAAACUAAUGCUUCUCUUGUUUUGUUACAGAUGGUGUUUUGCUAGACUUGGUCUACCUAUUCAUGCAAGAAUUUUGGACGGAAAGGCCUAUUCCACGCCAGUUCCUCUUAUUCUUGCUCAGUCACAGUGACGCUGGGUGUCCUAUGGUAGAUUCUCUUACCCUUGCACUUGGUGGAACAAAGGUUAUAAAGAAAUGGGUACAAAAACAAGAUGUUUGA